AUGGAGGCAGACCAGCAGCAAGAGCAGGGCAGCGGCGGCGCGCGCGGCGUGGCGCCGCCGGACAAUAUGGAGCCUGCGCGCGACUGGUUCUCGGGCCCCUGCAUCAUGGGCAUAGACGAGGCCGGCCGCGGCCCGGUGCUGGGCCCGAUGGUGUAUGCGUGCGUGGUGGCCAGCGUCUCAUACAAGGCAGACCUCGCCACAAAGGCUUACGCAGACUCCAAGACGCUGACAGAGGCCCAAAGGGAGGCGCUCUUCGGCCAGGUGGUCAAUGACCCCCAGCUGGCGUACCGCCACGACACACUCAGCGCGGCCCUGAUCUCGGCGCAGAUGCUCGGCAGGUGCCCGGCUUGA